AUGUUAAAACGAGGACAAGAUCAAGCAAAUAAACUAUUGGAUUGGUAUAAGGAGCGUCUUCAAUCGGUACAGAAAAAAGCUAGAUUAUUACAGCAGGGUAGUGUCUCUCUGGUUAGUUAUUUUUCUAUUUUUUCCUCAUGAAAAACAUAAAUAAUUGGGAUCUGGGGAUGUGUUAGGGCAAAUGACCUUAGAAUCCCAAAUAGGAUCUUCUCAACAAAAUAUUUGAUUGGGGCUGAAAUAGAGGAUGAAAAUAAAAAUUAUUACUUAACAAUUUAUAAGAAAAUAAUUCUUUAUGCAAAACACCUAUUUAUAUAGGUAUGUAUAUAUAACUUCUGAUUUUUGUAUCUUGCUACAAAAUCAUUAUUAAUUACAGUAUCCCAAAAAACCACACGCCAAAAAUAAAAUGUUUUCCAGGAUUCCGCUGUUCAUGAGCAAAAACUGAAUUUUCUUCGAGCACAUAUAACUGAAUUGAAUCGACGAAUUGUUGCGAUCAUGGAAACAAGUGACAGAGGUUUUCCAGCACAUUUGAAGGUAUUGAAAAGUCUUCCAGAAUUUAUUCUAAAAUUGUUUUUCUCCAGAGCACUUCUAACAAUAACAACAACACCAAAGCCAAUGAUGAUCAAUUGGUGUGGCUUCAUCGGCAGAAUCAACGAUUGAACCAGGUAAGUUCCAAGAAACUAAUCCCUAAUUAGUUUUUCAGUGGGCUGAAAAACAGAUUUUUGUAGUUGAAAAUCUCUUGAAAAAUACAUUUUAGUCAUAUGAUUAAUCACUCCACGAAACGAUACAAUUCCAUAUUAUUUUUCUAGAAAGAAAAUAACAAAAAAAAAUUAUUUUUCAUUUCGAAAGGGGUUUCGAGCUUCGAGAACAACAGAAGCUUGUAAUUAGUGAAUGUUCCCGAAAGAGAACAAGUUUUUUGAGUUGGAGAAAACAUUCAUGACGUAUUUUCAUAUUGAAAUAUUUAUUUUGGGAAAACUGUGGGAAAUGAUAUCAGAUCACAUUUUUGUAGCAAAUUUGAAGUUACAAUUAUAAAAUUUGAGAAUAGUGACGCGAGAAUUAUUGCGUGGAUUCAAAAAACACUAUAGUUUAUAGAAAUUUUCGGGAGAUUUUGAGGGGUGAACAUAAAAAAAUUAUUUUAUCGAAAAUGUUGAAUGCUGAGCUUAACUGAUUUGAAAUUUAUUAGGUCAAUUAAGUCAAUUUUAGUCAAAAAUCUGCAAAAAGUGUUUUCGGAAAAGUGGAUUCCAGAAAAUCACAAAUAUUUGAAGUUUGGAUCAAUUGGACCAAAUAGAAAUUAUUUUGUAUUGCAGUAAUUUUUAAAUAAUUAAAAUUAUCUUCUAACGUAGAUAGAAUUGAGCUCAAACCUUUCCAGAACUUAAAAAAAACUCUUUCCUCUGUGAUUUUUCUAAUAUCAUUUUCCAGUCUUCUUUCAAGCAUCUUGAUAUUUUUCACAAUCAGUAUUUUGAAAAACUCUUUCUCGAAUUUUACUAUACACAUUUGCUUAAACUAUAGCAUUUCUUUUUCAGAAGUUCAACUUUUUUGUAUCUAAUAAGCGCAUUAUAAAAUUCCAUAACUAUACGAUUUUCAAACCCCCAAACUCCUCCAAAAAAACAAACAAUUGAAAUAAAGUUCCAUAAAUCAAAAAGUGUAAAAAAGCGGGUCAUCAUUGUUAUUUCUAUUGUUGUUAGCUUGUUGCAAAAAAGAAAACAUUUUCAAUUCUCUCAUCAUUUAUCAACAACACUAUUGAAAAUGAUCAAUUGACAAACGUUUUUUUUAUUUCCAAUCUUCCAGGAGCUCGCCGAAAAGACUCAAUUAAUCGAUCAAUUGAAGCGUGAAAAUGAGUUAGCAAAGAAGAAAAUGGAAAGGUGUGUCAAUUGAGUUCAAAAUUCACAUCUAUCUAUAUUUUUUGCAGGCCUGUUGUUCCCGUUCUUCGACCAUCAGCAUUUGUUCGUCCAGCAUAUCAAAUUCAAACCGUUGUAAAUCACCCCAAAAAUGUAUCACCACACAAAAUCUAUGAUACUCUCAUGUAA